GUCUCCUUUUCAUAUCCAUUACACAUAUUCAUAUCAUUCCAAAGCAAUCCCCACAAAUCAUAUCAUCUUCUCCAUCCAUCCAUCCUUCUCACAACUUCUCCAAACUCUAAAAUCUCUCUUUGUGUAGUCUUGCUUCAAAAAGACUCCAAUGAUGAUGAGGAAUCCGGACAUUACUACGAUCAAAGACAAGAACAAGGCAAAUAGUGCAUGUGGUGGUAAUAACAACAAACCAAAGCUAAGAAAGGGACUUUGGUCUCCUGAUGAAGACGAGAAGCUCAUAAGGUAUAUGUUGACCAAUGGACAAGGAUGUUGGAGUGACAUUGCUAGGAAUGCUGGUCUCUUACGUUGUGGCAAAAGUUGUCGUCUUCGUUGGAUCAAUUACUUGAGGCCUGAUCUCAAACGUGGUUCCUUCUCUCCUCAAGAAGAAGAUCUCAUCUUCCAUUUGCAUUCCAUUCUUGGUAACAGGUGGUCUCAAAUAGCUACUCGGCUCCCAGGAAGGACAGACAACGAGAUCAAAAACUUUUGGAACUCGACAUUGAAGAAAAGGCUCAAGAACAACAACACUUCUUCAGGUUCAUCACCUAAUAAUAGUAAUAGUAACUCUUUGGAACCAGUAGAUCAACAUGUGGACAUGGGAGGCAACUCAAAUCCAAUGAUGGAUAGCUAUCAUCAUCAAGAUGACAUGAUGAUAGUGGCGAACACCAUGAGCAUGGACUCUUCUUCAUUCAGUUUUGCACCCUUGGUUAGUGGUGUGGGCUUAAACUGUCUUGAUCAUAAUCAAUAUCAACAAAUGGGAAACACAGGGAACAAUGUUAAUGGGUUAGGAGAUUAUGGAAGCGCAAUUCUUGAUCCGAUCAGCAAUAGAGCAUCAGUAGAAAGUGAAUGGUUUCUUCCCCCUUCGGAUAAUACCAAUAUCAUUUCUUGUUCCACAAGCAACAACCUAAACUUAGAAGCCCUUGAUCCUUGCUUCAGUAGCAAAAAUAUGUGUCAUGCAGAAAGCUUCAAAGUAGGGAACAUUAUGGGUAUGGAGAAUAGUUCUUGGGAAAUAGAAAACCCUAAAAUGGGAGAUUGGGAUUUGGAUAGUCUCAUCGAUAACAACUCUUCUUUCCCCUUCCUUGAUUUUCAAGUUGAAUGACAAAUAUCCUCUCUUAUUCUAUCUUCUUUUUACUCAUUGGUCCUUAUUCAUUCUUCUAUACAUAUCUUUUUUUUUUAUCACUGAAGGUAUAUUCAUCUCUAUUCUAAGAGUAAUUUUUUCUUUUUGUAAAACGUCUCCUUUCCAUAAAAUUUGGUCUAUUCUCUUCUUGUCCCUUAUUUUUCCAUCACAUGUCUAUUAUUCACAAUAAGAUUGUUCUUGGAAGGGAGAGGUAUAUGCAUAUACAGUUUAUAUCUACAGGACGAGGAACUAGUCACCAUGCAUGGUUCCUUUAGUACAUGAAACGUGAAUAGGAAGGCGCAUUGAGACUUUAUUUGCUGCGGAAGUACUUAAAUAAUGAUCGAUGGUCCACGCAAUGAGUUGAUUAGUUGGUUUAUUUGUAUAGCUUUCUCUUACUUUUUCAAUUCUUUUUUUGUACAAAUCCGAGUUUGAUGUAUAAAACACGGUUUCGUAAUAAGAAAGC